GAUGUGUACCAAACGCAACUAGAGCGAGCACUCGUUACCGUUCAAGUAGAUGACGAAGCGGCCUUGCGCCGCCUUGUCGCCAAUCUGGAAAUGAACGAGAAGGUGGGCGGCAUGGUGACGACCCGUGCAAUGCCAGAGUUCAGGUUAGGAAAUAAAUUCCUUUUGAUCGAGAACGAGGACGUGCCAGAUAUCUACAGCCUUUCAGAAGUUGUCGUGCCCGCGCAGAUCUUAUUUUUCAACACUAGCAACAAUCAAGGCUUAGACCGCGUUUGCGCCCUGUUCCAGAUCAGGGGUGUUAGUAUCGAGACCCUGUGCGUUGACGGAAUGCACGUGAUGGACCUGGGGAUAGUUCAGUUUGUGCUUGGGUACAUGUUCUGGGUUCUGGUGAAGAAUAACUUCGCCAGAAGCACAAAAGGCAGGGCGGCGCAGAGGCACCGCGAGUGCCUGAUACACUUGCGGAGACGGAUUCGAUCCUUCUACCUCCAGACGGGGGCCAACCAGAAGCGAGGGUCCAAGUCAAUGGUCGGUCGAUUAACAUUCGAGAUGUUUUUGCCGACCAAUGUGGGAAGCCGCGCCUUAGUCCCGCUCUUGCCUUUGCUCUGUCGAGAGAACGUGGCGUUCCUCGGCCCUCGCUCAGCGCACUUUGUGCAAGCGUGUUUCCACCUGGCGGCGGUCUACAGGGCCCAGGCCACGGAG